UAUGUGUGCAUCACUUGGGUUGCUCCCAACAUCUGGUGAAAUGUUCAGGUCAAUAACACCUUUAGAAGUAUAUUUAGUGAGAAAGAUGGUGACGCGUUAAAUACUUCAUUCAGCCGCUGUAAAUGAUCCUACUCAUUAAACCCGUCACACAAACACAAUAACGGUAAAGUCGUGCAAUAGUUCAGACACUUUAGCGCAUAUUAAAUUGUGUCUGUUAUUGUGUGCUGCAGAAUGGCUGCCUGAUCCUGGCACUUCAGCUCACAGAUCCCUCUGGUGUAUUGCGACAAAAUAACGAGGCUCUUUCCAGUGGCUUUAACGGUGACGAAGGACCGUGUGUCAAAGAUGCAAAAAAAAAAAAAAGAAGCAACUCACAAGACACUUAGAUGCCUUCGGGUUAGUUUUCAUGGAAAAGGAGGAAAAUCCUAUACGUAAAAAAAAAAAAAGUCAUUAGCAUCUUCACAAAACAUGUCACAAAUCAUGUAACUUCAUUGAGGACACAUAACUGGAAAAAACAUUCUGGCAUUAAAAGUUUGAAAAUCGCGACUUACGAAUAAUAGUUUGUCAUCGAAACAAUGACGACACAAAUUCAAAUCCCCCUCCCAGUCACAUUGAAUCGAUUUUCAAAUGGAAAUUGAGCGGGCCGCGUCUUCGCUGCUAUUGUUCACACUACCGGAUGUGAAAAUGAGCCAAAGAAGAGCCCAAAGAUUCAAAACCGUUCUCUGUACGAUGCGGCGCCACUUUGGAACUCGAACCCCAAAAAAUAAACAACAGCGUAUCGAGUGCAUUGUUUGUUCAAAAGGUCUUCAUGGCGUCUCUGGAAAGUCAACGGCUUGACAUGUUCAAUCGUAACCUCCCUUUGACUAAAAACAAAUAACGCUUUGUAACUCCAUUGUUCGCGAGUUGGUUGCUCAAGGGCACCUCUGCAGUUUGUUUUCACGACGUCAGUAAAGGGGCGGAUUGGAACCCGCCGCGCUGCAUUCUGCACCGUGCGAAUCUUCACCGCAUUCUACAGCUACGACUCGUUUUGUCCAAUUUAGUCAAGACACAACCGCGACUGAAGCAGGCAACCCGAAGCGGGCGAAAUGCGAUCCGGCGUCAAGGAUCAUUUUUGCUGAUUUCGAAAGACGUUCGUGACUGCAGUUGCGGCAACUGCAUCAUGCCGGGAGAUGUUUUCAAUCAUCAAAUUCCCGCUUCAAAGGACGUCACUACGACAAGAUGAAUAAGAAGCAAGGAAAAAAACCAACAACAAUUUGAUAAAUAAUCCCCUGAAAAUGUCAAUCAAAAGUGACUACGAUGAUAAUUUUUUUGGAGACGUCUCCGUAUUGGCUCUCACGUGAAAGCGUGCUUAAUUGUGUAUUCCGCAUUAGUACGUUCACAAAUACCGUAUCAGUAAAUGUGUAUGGUUUCGACGCUAUCCGUACAUUUGGAAUAUACGGCGCUUUGGUCUCGAUUCGUGAGCUGUCGCUCCCCCCCAAUGCGCUAUUCCCAUAAUAAUAUCGUCCAACGGCACACCGGGCUGCGUUCCUAUUUAGCAGACUGCACCGUCGCGCACUUCUCCUCGUCUCUAUCGCGACAUCCUCCUUAUUGUCUGCCAAUAUCCCGUCGUAUCGCGCCACCGCUUCAAGUCCGAUGACGGUUGCCGCGGCAAGAUUCCCAAAUCGGCGAUAUUCGCACCGCCUCCCUCGCAUUGGACAGCGUCUGCGCGAGGGCGCGGCGAGGAAAUGUGAGCCUCGCGAAGACGUGCCCUCAGCGAGUAGACAUGGAGCGCCGUGUACACGGGCUUCUCCUCCGAGCAGACAGGAGCGUCCGCUAGAAGGCUCGGCGUUUGAAAGGGGCCCGUCGAGGAUGGAGAGCGCUUUGGACGCACAGCACCUCAUCUCCAUUUCGCUGAGGAAAAUCCAGAGCUCCAGGACGCAGCGAGGAGGCAUCAAGCUCCACAAGAACUUGCUGGUCACGUACGUGCUGAGAAACGCCAGGCGCGUUGACAUGAGCGAGAACUCGCCGCGGACGCAGCGCUACGAGGACGUGGCCGCCGCCCGCGAGACGCACCAAUACCUCCGGCUGACCGGCGGCGGCUUGACGGGCUUGACGGACUUCUACUGCAACUUUGGCGGCGCUGACGCGGACACCCUGCGCCGCGGAGCGCCUCCGCAGCCCGGCUGCCAGUCUGCGGAGGCGAUGCUUCCUCCGAGUGACUGCGCAGAGCUCGCGCAGGUGUCGGAAGGCUUUUGGACUCCCGCCUGGGAGCCGCCGCACGCCCCGAGCGCGCACGUCAACCACAAGACCGUCCUGGACCUGGACACGCACGUGGUCACCACCGUCACCAACGGAUACUUCCACUCGGACUGUUGCGCGCAGCCGAAACACUUUCAGGCCGCCAAAAAGAGAGCCGUUGCGGAGCCGCACUUGUAUUUGUCGGACUUCGGGCCGGUGCCGUGCAAGCGGCCGAGGACCGACGAGGAGCCGCUUUCGGACCCGGAGCCCUCGGACUCCAGCAACAUCUCCAACCUGAUCUCGGUCCUGGGCUCGGGCGGACUCUCGGACUUUGUCAGUUGGCAGCACGCGGACCUGGAGCAAAUCUUUGCCUCUCCGACUUUGAGUUUCAAACACACUUUGUUGACGGCCAGCGGGUGGACGCGAGCGAUCGAAGCCUUUUGAUUUCGAUCACUGUUUGCUUUGUGCGCUUUCAUUUGCUUGCUUGUUAAUAAAACUAACGUGUCGCCACCGAAAAGCCUCCCUGUGCUCUGUUGUUGACACAUUUCACACGUAAACAAAUUCCGCCUGACGUAUAAAUGGCAUUUGGACAGCAGAAAACGCCAUGAAAAUAAAUGCAGUUGAAGCGGCGCG